UUUGACCCUCCUCAUCUGCGAGGAAAAUCAAAUCAAUACACCCUUCUUCAAAUCACGAUGCUUCCACAGCAGCAAAACACUGCAGCAGCCUCCUCUGACUCUUCUUAAAUUUUGUUAGCAUCUCUCGCUUCGAUGCUCUCCACAUCCUGGACUUAGAUCACUGCUGAAGAGACCUUCACAUCUGUCACUGAAAGGAUCAUCUCCAUUGUCCUAGAUGGCCAACAGAGGACCAAGCUAUGGCUUAAGCCGAGAAGUCCAGGAGAAGAUUGAACAGAAAUAUGACCCAGAACUGGAGAGCCGACUGGUAGACUGGAUUAUUAUACAGUGUGGUGAAAAUAUAGAGCAUCCCCCACCUGGAAGACAACAUUUUCAGAAAUGGUUAAUGGAUGGAACCCUGCUGUGCAAGUUAAUAAACAAUUUACAUCCCAAGGGAAAAGAACCCAUUCCAAAGAUCACAGAAUCAAAGAUGGCUUUUAAGCAAAUGGAGCAAAUCUCCCAGUUUCUGAAAGCUGCAGAAAUCUAUGGUGUACGAACAACAGAUAUUUUCCAGACAGUGGAUUUAUGGGAAGGCAAGGAUAUGGCUGCAGUGCAGAGAACCUUAAUGGCUUUGGGCAGUGAAGCUGUCACAAGGGAUGAUGGAUGUUACAAAGGGGAUCCAUCUUGGUUUCACAGGAAAGCACAGAAGAACCAGCGAGGAUUUUCAGAAGAGCAACUUCGUCAAGGACAGAAUGUCAUCGGCCUCCAAAUGGGGAGUAACAAGGGAGCAUCCCAGUCUGGGAUGACUGGAUAUGGCAUGCCGAGACAGAUAAUUUAGGUUACCCCACCUUUAAAUACACACUCACACACUCUAUAGCAUGGCCUGACUUGGAGGAAAAUAGCUACUUAACGUUCAUGCUAAAAUCUGCUUCUAAGUUUUUUUCUUCUAAGAGUUUUGGAUCUAUCUAUAUAUUUUUCAGCUGCAACAUUUUAAUCUAAAAUGUGGAUUUAUGUGCUUGUUGUGUGCCAGUUCACACAUCACACUGGUAACACAUGAUGUUCGUUUCUGAACUAUGCAAAGACUAUUUUUCUGUAUUUAUUUGCAAAUUUGUUACCUUCUGUACCUGUGUCUUAUUGAACUUGCUCUUGCAACUUUAA